AAAUUGUUACUUGCCUCGAUUCCUGCCUCUGAUGCCGUUUAUACAAAUUUAAUUAACGUAUAAAACAUGUCGCUGAAAGAACUGUCUGGACUCGAUAUUGUCUUUGAUUAAACGUACGAAUACGGAGAUCUUCAUAAAAUAGAUUGUGACUGUUAUUGAAGUUAUAAGUUAAAAUAGUGUUCGAGACGCACGUUUCUGUAAGAUGGUUUUGUAAAGUACACAUUUAUAGCGUUUAUAUCGAAUACCACGACAAACACGUUGGACGAAAGGAAUAGGUUCCAAAUUGCCAGAUGAAUACAGAAAGUUUUGGAAAGAAUGGAAGGUGCAAAUGCCGGCUGCUGUGCAUUACAUAAAACCAGAAGGAAAAUAUUUCAGAAAUCCGGAGACCGAAGAAGUAACACCGGUUCAAGAAGUACCAAUACCGUUAAUAUACCCAAAGGAAUUUCAUCAAGGCAUAUGGGGAGGCGAGAGUGUUGUUCAAGGCUUCGUAAAGAGACAUAGAUACAAUCGGAGAUACCCGCAUUUCUGGUUUCCAACACUUAAAAAGUCUGUGGUUUACAGUGAAGUUUUAGAUAAGUAUAUGAGCGUGGUUGUCACCAACAGAACUAUAGAUCUAAUCAAUGAACACUACGGUUUCGAUCAUUAUUUAUUGAAGAGUCCUGCCUGCGAUUUGAAAUCUGAGGUCGCCCUCAAAAUAAAACGUCAAAUACUUUUAGCUUUGGCUGAUAAAACAUUGUAUCCCGACGAUCCCGUUAAAAGUGAAGAAAUUUAUAACAAAUACAAAGAAUACUUAACAGCGUAUACACGAAAAGAAAUCGAGUGGUAUGGUUUAACAUACAAAGAUGCUUGUAUGAAAUUCAUCAAAGAAGAGCAAGAAUCACAGGAACCUGUGAAACCUUUGAAACACCAGUAUAGGUCUGAGUUGCUUGCAAAAUUGAAGGAAGAAGAAAUCCAAGCUGCACAACAAACUGUUGCACGGUCUUCCACGUGGUCUAUAAAGUGGAAUCCUUUUAGUAAUCAGAAAUCGGAAUAACACCCGUAAGUUAUAUUUGUACAUAACCAUUAUAAAAAUAAAAUCGAAUUUUCAUGUC